UAGGUUGGCGAUUUCAGGCAGCGGGGUGCGUCUGCCGAGGAGCAGCUUGAGAAAAAGUUGGAGCGGGAAAACAGAGUGGAUUCCUAGAGGCUUACUUUAAGGCUGGUCACUUCUGCAAGGAAGGAAAGAAGGAAGACACUGGCUUACUUCUCUGGAGAUCCACCUCCAGUGGCAUCUCUGGUGGAGUUGGAAUUGCUGCUGACCACCACCCUUGACAGGGCUGCACCCACCUGGAAACCACCCAUCCUCCCCCUGCUUGGUUGUGCCUCUUCUGCACUCUUGUCUGUGAUAUUGGCUGAGGCUGAUCUUGGGAAGGAAGCUGGUUGACUGCUGGACUGGUGAUUGACUCUAACUCUUAUUUCCGACUCUAUCACCUGAAUCACUGAAAGAUCAGAGUGUGAAGAUACACAACUGUGACAGAUCUGUGACAGGUGGAGGUGGGGACUGUGGUACUGGUAUUUAACUGCAUCUUCUCUGUAACUGGUACUAUGACUGGGGCUGAGAUCGAGCCUGGUGCCCAGGCCAAGCCUGAAAAGAAGGCUGGAGAAGAAGUUGGGGGUGGGGCUGAGAGAGAGAAUGAAGUCCCGAUGGUGGUCAGACCCAAGGUUAGGACCCAGGCCCAGGUAAUGCCUGGGGCAAGGCCCAAAACUGCAUCCAAAGCUGUGAAUGGGGCAAAGUCAAAAACUGUAUCUAAGGCUAUGAGUGGGGUAAGGUCCAAAACUGAGUGUAAGGCUAUGAAUGGGGCAAGGUCCAAAACUGAGUCCCAUGCAAUGCCUGCAGCAAAGCCCAAUUUUCAGGCCAUGGCAGUAGGUGGGGCAAGGCCCAAAACUGAGGCCUUGGCAGGAGGUAGAGCACAUCCUAAGACUGAGUCCAAGGCACUUCCUUGGGCAAGGUUCAUGGAUGAAACCCAUUCAUGGGCCCAGACAGAGUUUGAUGCUGAGGGAAUGUUCAAGACAGAGGGAGUGUCUCAGAGCAAUGCCAUAGCCUGGCAACUGGUCAAUACUGAGUCUGGGUCUGUUGCUAAAACUAAGACCUUGUCUAUGGAUAAGGAACUGGUCAGUGUGGACACCGAGUCCUUUCCUGGCACCAAGUUCAAGACUAUAUCAGGACUCCAGCCUUUGUUUAGGUCAGAUGAAGAGACCACUACCAGGUCCUGGUGUUGGCCCAGACCUACAUCCAAACAAGAGGCCUACCCCAAUUGUGAUUUCCGAUGGGUGGGCACAUCCUCUCUGAAUUCCUCAUUUUGGAGUGGAGAAGAGGUCAGUACAAGGUUUCGUCCUAGGGAUAAGGUAAAAGCUGGGGCCAGGUCCGGGCAAAUGGCUGAAGGAGAGGCCAUGUCUAGGACCAAAACCAAUCAGGAGCUCUAUGUUGUGUCCAGUUCUGGUUCUGAGGAUGAAUCUAUUAAGACAUCCUGGUUCUGGGACAGAGAAAAGACCAAUAUUGGGUCCAGGCCCAGUGAAGAGACCAAUAGAAAGUCCAGGUCUAGGUCCAAGAAAGAAGUGUCUGAGUUCUGCCAUAGAUAUGAAUGCGAAGACAGUGUGAGGUACUGGUCUGUGGCUGGAGAGGAGGCCAAAUCCAGGUCCAAUCCCAGAGCCAGCAAAGGGGUCAAUGUUAGGGCCAGGCACAGGGCCAAGCAACAAGCUUCCAUUGAUUUCUUGUCUGCGUCUAUAGAUGAAGUAAAAGAGUCCUGGUUCUGGCCUGGAGGAAAGGCUAAUAACUUGUUUAGUCCCAACUUCAAGAAAGAAGCCAGGGCCAGAGCAAUGGCAAAGGAAGAAGCCAACGCCAGGGCCAAGCGAGAAGCUAGGUCGGAGGAGGAGUUCCUCAUUGGGACCUGGUUUGGGGGUUCAGAAGAGUCUAGCAUAGUGGGUGGAGCCAGUGUCAAGUCCACUCCUCAAGUGGAAGAUGAGUCCAUUGUUGGCAGUUGGUUCUGGACUCAAGAAGACACCAAUAUGGGGACUGAGGCCAGCAGUAAAUCCAGACCAAGGACUGUGGAGGAGCCUAUUGGCAAUUCCAUACUUGAGAAGGAGGAAAAGACCAAUAUGAAAACUGGGGCUGAGGCCACUUUCAAAUCUAUGCUAGCAGAUGAUAAAGAAAAAGUCACUGCCUGUUCCUGUGUCUGGGCUGGUGAAGAAGCCAAUCCAGAGGCUGAGGAAGAGACCAUUUUGGGAUCUUGGUUUUGGGUCAAUGAUAAGCCCAGUGUGGAAGCUGGUGUUGGUGCUACCUGUGAGUCCAGGCCAAAGUCUGAGGAAGAAAAGGUCGUUAGUCCCUGGUUCUGGGCUAGAGAAGAAGUCGAUACACAGGCUGAGUUUGGAGAAGAUGCCAGGCCAGGAGCUGAAGGAAAGACAAUAUUUGGGUCCUGGUUUUGCACUGGAAACCGGGUCCAGAUGGAUUCUGGGGCUGAAGUCAGCCAUGACACCAUGCCAGGGGCUGAGGAAGAGGAGCCCAUUAUUGGGUCAUGGUUCUGGGCUGGAGUAGAAGCUUGUGUGGGGGCUGAAGUCAGCAAGUCUAGCCUGGAGGACAAGGAAGAGGCUAUUAUAUCAUCAUGGUUAGGGACUACAGAAGAGGUCAGUAUAAAAUAUGGGACUGGUGCCAGAUGCAAAUUUAUGGCAGGGACUGAAGAGAUCAAUAAUGAGUGUUGCUUCUGGGCAGAAGAAAAUCCCUGUGUGUAUCCUGACAAUGGAGGCAGCUGGAUGUCUAAGCCAGAGGAGGAAUGUGGUUCGUGGUUCUGGUCCAGAAAAUAUACUAGGCCAGAGACCAUUAUAAGGCCUUGGCUAUGGGCUGCAGAAGAGGGCAAUGUAGCUGAUGGGACUGGAGAAGAGGCCAAGCCACUGACCAAGGAGGAGACCAUGAUCAUGUCCUGGUUCUGCAAAGGAAAUGAAGCCAUUAUAGAGGCUACAGACAGAGAAGAAUCCAGGCCACACACUGAGGAAGAAGAUAUUAUUGGUUCGUGGUUCUGGGGUGGGGAAGAGAACAGGCUCGAGACAGCAGCUAAGGCUAGAGAAGAGGACAGGGUGGCAGCUGAGGAGGAAGCUAUUGUUGGGUCUUGGUUCUGGGCUAGGGAAGAUGCCAUUAGGAAGGAGACUGUUUUUUGCAGAAAAUCAGGUCCAGAAGCUGAAGAGGAGGAAGUCAUUGUUGGGUCCUGGUUCUGGGCUGAACAAGAUGUGACUCUGGAGGCUGCAGCUAGUUUAGAGACCAAGCUUUGGACUGAGGAUGAGGAAAUCAUGGUUGGAUCCUGGUUCUGGGGUGGAGAAGACAGUAUAGAGGUUGGGUCUCAGGCAAUAGAAGAGAGCAGGUCAAGGACUGAAGAGGAAACCAUUUUUGGAUCCUGGUUCUGGGCUGCAAAGGAAGUCAAUGUAGAAACAGAGACAUGCCAUGCAUCUAAGCCAGAGGGUGAUGAAGAGGUGAUUGUUGAAUCCUGGUUGUGGUCUGGAGACAAGGCCAUUCAUGAGACUGGAAGAGUGGCCACCUGUGAAUCCAGGGCAGAAAAUGAGGAAAGAGCAGCUGUUGGGUCCUGGUUUCAAGCUGAAGUAGAACCCAAUAACAGGACUGGUAAUGGAACCAACUGUGAGUCCAGGACAGUAGCUGAAGAGAAUGAGGCCAUAAUGGGGUCCUGGUUCUGGGCAGGAGAUGAGGCCCACUUUGAAUCAAAUCCUAGCCCUGUGCUCAGGGCCAUUUGCAGGUCCAGGUGUUCAACUGAGCAGGAGCCUGAUGCUUCAUGCAGGCCCCAGAACUGGGAGGAGGUCACUGUUCAGUUCAAGCCUGGUCCACGGGGUACGGUUGACUUCCCCUCCUCAAGCCCCUUUGAAAUUACAAAAGAAGCAGCAUUUCUGUUCUUUGAAAUGUUCAGAGGAAAGCCCAAGCACAUGGAACUGAGCCUAGAAGGGGAAGAGCAGGAAUCUGGGCUUCAGCCCCAUCAGCCUGACCCUGAGUUCCCAUUUCCGUGUGAGCCGUCCUACAGGUCAGUCAGGAAAAUUCCGGAGCACCUUAGGACCAGGGAGAGUGCAGAGCCUGCGAGUUGGUCCUGCAGCUGCAUCCAGUGUGAACUAAAAAUUGGUUCCGGAGAGUUUGAAGAACUCCUUCUGUUAAUGGACAAAAUCCGAGAUCCGUUUAUUCAGGAAAUAUCUAAAAUCGCAAUGGGUAUGAGAAGCGCUUCUCAAUUUACCCGAGAUUUCAUUCGGGAUUCGGGUGUCAUCUCACUUAUUGAAACCUUGCUCAAUUACCCCUCCUCCCGAAUUAGGACACAGUUUUUGGAAAAUAUGAUUCACAUGGCUCCACCAUAUCCAAAUCUAAACAGGAUUCAGACAUACAUAUGUCAAGUGUGUGAGGAAACCCUUGCACAGACCGUGGAUUCCCUGGAGCAGCUAUCUGGAAUAAAGAUGGUUAGAUACCUCACUACAACUACUGACUAUCACACACUGGUUGUCAAGUAUAUGCCCGGGUUUCUCUCCUUAUUAGCCAUGGGCAAUACCAAAACAAGGUUUCAUGUUCUAAAAAUGCUACUAAAUUUGUCUGAAAAUCCUGUCAUGACAAAAGAACUACUCAGUGCUGAAGCAGUGUCAGAAUUUAUGGGCCUUUUUAAAAUGAAAGAGUCAAAUAACAAUUUUCAAGUUGUUCUAGCAGUGUUGGAGAAUAUUGGUAACAAUAUCAAAAAAGAGGCCCGGUUCACUGAUGAUGAUUUCAGUCUUGAACCACUUAUUUCUGCAUUCCACAAAGUUGAGGAAUUGGCUAAGGAACUGCAAGGCAAAACAGAUGAUCAGAAUGACUCUGAGGCAGACUAAGAAAAUUAGUAGGAUUAAUUACUUGCCUCUGAUUGUCCUUAUGUUCCUGAGUUACAAUAAUUGAAUGAUGCUAUGGUUUUCACAGUUGGUUCUGUUUUAAUGUACAUUUUUAAUGCUCAUACUAACUUUGCCCAAUUCUGUAUGAUCUGGAUCAUUUUUCUGAUGCUAAAUGAAUAUUAGAACUGAAAACACAUGUUGAUGUUUGUAUUUUGACCAAAUUGUGAUUCGUUUUUUAAAGCUUAUGAUGAACUGAGCUCUCAUAAGUAAGUUACCUUUCUAAUUAUUGUUUUAGUAUAUUGAAUGUCUAUUUGAGUCUUGUUUGUGUUUUCAAUAAAGUUCUGUGAUAAAG